CGCAGCGAAGCCUCAGUGGAGGUUUCUGUAAGAUCUUCACCAGUCUCCUGGCUCCUCCCUCAGAGCAGCUGCCUCCAGAUUAUAAUUGCCACGUGCUGUUUGUGGUUGCAGCCCCACCCCCCCUACUCCGAAGCAGCUCCUGCAGGAAACCUGGGCCUUGUGUGGCUGGGGAACUCCCAGGACUCCUGCCACACAGGUGGACCGGAGGACGGCUUGGGCAGGCAGGGGAAGAUUUGCUUGGCUCCACCUGGCCGGAGAGACAGGCAGAGUGUCACCAUCGUCCCCUCCGGAGCUGCAUGUGACCUGAGCAGCAUGGUGCCCUCCAGUCCAGCGGUGGAGAAGCAGGUGCCUGUGGAACCUGGGCCUGACCCUGAGCUCCGGUCCUGGAGGCGCCUUGUGUGCUACCUUUGCUUCUACGGCUUCAUGGCGCAGAUACGGCCAGGGGAGAGCUUCAUCACGCCCUACCUCCUGGGGCCAGACAAGAACUUCACGCGGAAGGAGGUCACCAACAAGAUCACGCCGGUGCUGUCGUACUCCUACCUGGCCGUGCUGGUGCCCGUGUUCCUGCUCACCGACUACCUGCGCUACACGCCCGUGCUGCUGCUGCAGGGGCUCAGCUUCGUGUCGGUGUGGCUGCUGCUGCUGCUGGGCCACUCGGUGGCACACAUGCAGCUCAUGGAGCUCUUCUACAGUGUCACCAUGGCCGCGCGCAUCGCCUACUCCUCCUACAUCUUCUCUCUCGUGCGGCCCGCGCGCUACCAGCGUGUGGCUGGCUACUCGCGCGCUGCCGUGCUGCUGGGUGUGUUCACCAGCUCCGUGCUGGGCCAGCUGCUGGUCACCGUGGGCCGAGUCUCCUUCUCCACGCUCAACUACAUCUCGCUGGCCUUCCUCACCUUCAGUGUGGUCCUCGCCCUCUUCCUGAAGCGCCCCAAACGCAGCCUCUUCUUCAACCGCGACGACCGGGAACGGGGCGAAGCCUCGGCGUCGGAGCUGGAGCGCAUGAACGCCGGCCCUGGAGGGAAGCUGGGGCGCGCGCUGCGGGCGGCCUGUGGGGACUCCGUGCUGGCGCGGAUGCUGCGGGAGCUGGGGGAUAGCCUGCGGCGGCCGCAGCUCCGCCUUUGGUCCCUCUGGUGGGUCUUCAACUCGGCCGGCUACUACCUGGUGGUCUACUACGUGCACAUCCUGUGGAACGAGGUGGACCCCACCACCGACAGUGCACAAGUCUACAACGGCGCGGCAGAUGCUGCCUCUACGCUACUGGGUGCCAUCACGUCCUUCGCCGCGGGCUUCGUGAAGAUCCGCUGGGUGCGCUGGUCCAAGCUGCUCAUCGCGGGCGUCACGGCCACGCAGGCCGGGCUGGUCUUCCUUCUGGUGCACACGAGUAGCAUCUGGCUGUGCUAUGCGGCCUUCGUGCUGUUCCGCGGCUCCUACCAGUUCCUCGUGCCCAUCGCCACCUUUCAGAUCGCAUCUUCUCUAUCUAAAGAGCUCUGUGCCCUGGUCUUCGGGGUCAACACGUUCUUUGCCACCGUUGUCAAGACCAUCAUCACCUUCAUCGUCUCGGACGUGCGGGGCCUGGGCUUCCCGGUCCGCAAGCAGUUCCACUUCUACUGUGUGUACUUCCUGAUCCUGUCCAUCAUCUACUUCUUGGGGGCCAUGCUGGAUGGCCUGCGGCACUGCCAGCGGGGCCACCACGUGCCGCUGCCCCCGGCCCAGGGUCUGAGGAGUCCCACGGAGGAGAAGGCAGCACAGGAGCUGAGCGUGCAGGACAAGGGCCUCGGAGGCGUGCAGCCAGCCCACAGCCCGCCGCUCUCCCCAGAAGAUGGCCUGGGGACUGUGGGGCCAGCGUCCCUGGAGCAAAGACAGGGCGACCCAGCCCCAGCCCCGGCCCUGCAGGCAGCUGGAUUCCUGAGCCCAGUGACAGUCCCUUCUGCCUGCACUCCGUGCUCCGCCCAGGCCUCAGGCUCUGACACUGCAGAUGAGACUUGUCCCCAGCCGGCUGUCCAUCCUCCUGCUGUCAGCAGGCUGGGUUUGCAGCGUCAUCCAAGUGACAGUGUUCAGAAUGUGAACCAGUGACUCUCGGGGGCCCCUCUGGUAACUUUGCAGGUGGCCCUCGGUCCUCAGCUGCUCCCACGCUUGUGCCAGCCCGGAGAGGACUGGUCCCGAUCACCGCAGACGUGCUGGCCUUGGUGUGUGCGGGGCUUGCCUGGGCUGGGGAGCCGUGGGGGAGCUGCCUUGGUGGUGGGCGCUGGGGAAGUAUGUCCCAGCGGCCUCGGGGUCUAAGGAGCGCUAGUGCCUUGCCCACAGGUGCCGGACCAUCUGAUGUGAUGUGAACGCUCUUCCCACAUACAUCAAACACACUUGUUACGUGAGUGUGCCCAGGGCUUCUGAUUCUGGGCCCGCCUGGCCUGGGGGUUGAGGGUUGGCAGUCAGUGAGGAAGCCAGAAGAGGCAUCCCAGCCUUCUCCCCCCACCAGCCCACUCAGGGCCUUGGUGCCCAUGAGCUGAGCCCCCCUACAACCCUAGUCAAUGGGCCUAUCCUGCAGGGCCUCUGCCACAUCUCAGUGGCCCCGGGUGAAUGGCUGGCUGCUCACCGGCUCCACACAGAGAGCUGGGGACAGAAUCUCUGGCUGAGGAGGGGCCGCUGGAGCUGCUCGACCCAAGGGUCUCCCGAGGUGGCUCAGGGGAGCAGGCAUCUUGGGGUACCCUGGAUUGAAGCAGAGGCUGCACGUGGAAGAUGGCCCGAGUCAGUGGAUGGUGCUGGUCAGACAGGGCUGUGGUCCUGGACACAUCCAGGGGCCCUGUCACGGCCACCCUGGGGACCCUGCUGGGAAGGGUCUGUACCAGCCAUUUCCUGGGCUCGUAGAUCUAGCAGGAUGUGAUGGGUGGAGGUGGGCUGGGCCUGUGCCAUGGGCCAGAGCGUCACUGGGGAGGCCCACGCUGUCAUCAGAACCCGCCCCCCAGGCAAGGGCUUGCUCCCUCCGCAGCCCGCUCACUGCACCCACCGCCUGCCUGCCUCUGAGUCCUGCACUCACCUGGCCACCAGGACAGGGAUGGCUGUCAGGAUGUAGUGUUCCCGGGAGCAAGCCAGGUCCUGCUGUGAGGAGAGACUUGAGAGUGUUGGUGUGUCCACACACCUGUGCAUGCCUGUGUACCUGUGUACACUACGGAUGCUCCUGCACACCUGUGUAUAACUGCACACCUGUGUAUGCCCAGGCACACCUGUGUAUAACUGUGCACACCUGUGUAUGCCCAGGCAUGCAUACCCCCAUGUAACUGCAUGCCUGUGCACACUCGGGUUCUGCCAGUGGGGCAGUCCAGGGAUAGAAGACUCCUGAGGACUCCUUUUGGAGAAUUGUGUCCUUCCUGUGACAGUGAAGACUCUUGCAAACCAAGAGUCAGUGUCAAAGGUCACUUUUAUUUACCUGUCUGAAUUGGCUUCACAUCACACACAGUUACAGAACCAGCCCCACCAGUUUUGUCGCAGUCCCGAGGCAGGUGUGUGCUGGUGUGCUGUGGUCAGCCUGGCACUGCCCUGAGUCCACUUGUCCCUCCACACCACGAAUGACUCUGGUGUCGAUGCUGCCAGAUCUCACGGGUGGCUGCGACAGAGGACCUCGUUGCACCUCGUGGCUGCUUUGUUCGCCUGCAGGGCAGCCUGUGUGCACCCCGGGUGUCCCCUUCAGUCCCAAAGAGGGCAAGGAUGUGGGUUUCCUAGGAGACAGCUGAUGACUGCCCUGCAUCUGGAGCCAGCCUGUCCAUGGGCAGUGCACAGAUGGCAGCCCUUCCCCACUGCCCUGUGCGCUGGCUGCCGCAUGUCCUGUGCCAGCCUCAGCCUCUUCGACGUGGCCUUGUUCCAUCCUGGCACUCAGCUGGACAAGUGCUGGCUGAGCCAAGUCCCAGCCGGGCGUAUGAGAUGGGGGCCCUGGAUGGGAGGCUGCCAGACCCCAACUCACAGGUCCCUCGUAUCUUCCAGCUUGGACUUGGCCAGCAUGGAGCUAUUUGCUUUGGAUGUAUCUCAUGGGUCAUUUGGGAGGCCAGCCCCAGGCUCCUGUGUGUGAUGUUGGAGGACAGGCCAGAGCCAGGGGUCACAGUGGACCUCUGAGCUUGGAAACCUGCUCAUGCCUGGGGUUGCUGUGAACAGCCCAGAGCUGAGCAGAAGGGGUUGCCCCUAGCCCCAGAGACCUGAGCCCCCUCCUAUCUACCGCAGGGCAAGCCCACCCUGGAGGAGAGCCCAGGUGGCCCUGUGCUGAGUGUGGCCACAGCUCCCAUUGCCUCACGGGGCCCGUCUGCUACCAGGUCUGGGUUUUGGGCACAGAACAGAGGUGCUAGGUGGGAAAUGAAGUUGGCACUUGCCAGGGCGAGCACAGCUUCCCAGAGUAGGAAAUCCUGGAGAAAUCAAGCCGUGGUCUGAUUCAGGCCAAGAGGGUGCACAGGGCAUUGAUACUGCAGCCUGCCUGACCCAGGCUGUGCCAGCUGGGCUCACAGCUCAGGGGAGAGCUGGGGCAGGUGAACGUCAGCAUCAGGCUUCCAUUUUAAACUUUUAAAAAAAUA